AUGUCGUCGACUACUACUGCAGCCGAUAUCAGCCAGCUUGGCGAAGGGCUCCAUCUCAUGUCGACUGCUGCAGCCGACAUCACCGACGCUCUGGAGAAGUGGCGGGCAGAGGUCUACCCCGAGCACCAGCGCAAGAUGUCCAUCAGCUACCUGUUUUCAGAUCAGUGGCAAGACAGCGUAAACAAACUAUGGGAGGGCUACAGCGAACUUGAGAGCCGACGUCGCAAAGUCGUCGGGGCAGCACGCCUGAGUUGGCAGGAUGAAUAUGAAGCGGACAACGAGCAGUGGCUGGCAUCGAGAAGGGGCAUGUUCAAGCCGUAUCCUGAGCGACUGUGGCACAUAUGCCCGCUCUGGGUCUACCUGGCAAGAUACCAAGGCCGGCCUGAGCAUGAAGACAAUCGCCGACUCUAUGGCUGGACAUCUCUUCUCGGUGACUGGGAGGAAAUGAGCGAGCUGAUGGAAAAGGACAAGAAUUUCCGCAACGCCAUGUCGCCCACGCAGCAGCAAUCCUACCGGCUGUUGCGACUUUGGUGGGCAGCCACGUACUGCGACAGGGAGCUUGUAGACGCGAUGCGAAACUACAUUGAGAGUCAAAGAUCGGUUCCUACCUUGGAUUGGUACACAUUGUCAGUUGAAAAGUUUGCCUCCAUUGCCCGGGACAUCCAGACAGACAAGUCCAAAUAUCAUGGGAAGCUAUCUCUCCUUCUCCUCCGGGAAUUCCACCCACCUAGUUGGGAGCCGAAUGUGUGGCGGGUCUAUCUCAUAAAUCUGCAAAUUGCGCGAUAUGAAGCGGCACGCAUGGCCACCAUGCAGCAAAUGGCAUAUGCAGUGCUUUAUCCUACUACUGCGACGCGGCAAGUGGCGUACCCCGUUGUGGUGAAGAAUGAGCAUAUAGGCCUGCGUAGGGCAUGGGCCCAAACCUGUGAUAAUCCUUACUAUCUGUGGGAUAGCAAGCAUGAUAAAACCGUGGUCGUGGAAGACCUGGCUAGGUGCCCCGACUAUGUCUGCAUCAGCCAUACUUGGGGUCGCUGGAAUACAAGGACCAAGGCAGACGUCCCUGGAGUGCCUUGGCCUGUCCCAGAGAACAGGAUAUUCGACGUCAAGAGUCUCCCGGGGCAGCUUCAUCAGUUGGGGCGGCGUUACAUAUGGAUAGACUUGUUUUGCAUCCCCCAAGACCGCAGUCUGCGAAGCCGUAAAGAAAUUGCCAAUCAAGCCUCCAUAUUCAAGGGGUCGAGCGGCUGCAUUGCCUGGAUCAACGACGUCAACUCGUGGGACGGGGUGCUCAAAGCCUUGGAUUGGAUCAGCCUCAAAGUAUGGGCGGUUAUAUCUGCCGGCGGAAAAGAGCUGGUCAAGGACAGGUUGCUGGAGGCAACUAGGUCGGCCUCGGUGCCCAUGGAGCUCAUGAAGACGAAACGACUUGCUCAAGGCUCGCCGGCCGCGGACAACUUGGUAGGACCAAUCGAGCCUGCAAAUUGGUUCUCGUCUCUGUGGACGCUGCAGGAGUGUGCUCUAUGCCCCGACAUCGAGCUGUAUACUAGUUCCUGGGAAAGGCUUCAAGACAGAUGCGGCACCCCCAUCCCCCUCCGAGCCCUCAUGUUUCUCUGUUUCGAAAGUCAACACAUGUUGACCAAUCCGACGGACGACUCCAAGAACCGCUGGUAUUCGGACGGGAUGAAGGAUGCCAAGGCCAGCGCGCAAAGCUUGGUGUUUCCAACUGCAGUACAGGAUAUAUACAACCUCUCCGAUCUGACACGCCUCGAAGAAGUCCUAACAGAUGCUUCUCCUAUUCCAGUUCUGGUGCACUCGAACAACCGGCGCUCGACGUCAAGCCGCGCUCCGGCCAUCAUGUCAGCCAUAGGCGUUACAGACUGGUAUCUGAGGAGCAUUCACAACAAGACCAAAGAGCCGCUGCUGUUCAACCAGUACCCAAUUUCAUUCGUGAGCGAAGCAGCUACCAAGCUCGGAGCCCAAUUCUACAACUGCCACGGCAGACUGCAGCGGCCGAGCAAAGUAUCCAAGUUGUUCCCGGUGACCAUGCGGGCCGAAUUCGAAGGCAGCAUGCUCCCAUUUUCCAACUCGGAAGGCUGGUUCAACAACGUCAACGUCCUUUACAACCCGGCCUUUGUCGACAAGACGGACCACGAAGCGGUUUCGACGUGGACAAUCAACGAGGACGCCAGCGUGACGAUGCGCUCAGCUGGCGUGUCCAUGACCUCCCACGAUGAGCCCGCGGCACAGAAAGUGGCCGGCCUCGUGAUUGGCAUUCCCCAAUUGGGCGCCGGCAAGGAGGCCAGAUCCUUUGGCCAGACCCAUGGAACAGAAGACAUGCUGGCGUCGCUCAAGUCCAUCUCUUACGGGUCUCGGUGCAUAUAUGCCGUGGCCUUGUAUGAGGACUCGUGUCUACUCCACGGUGUGCUGCUCGAGCAUUUGCCCAUUUCAAUGUUUAGCAAGCAGUACUUGGUCAAGAUUGGCAUGUUUCUCAUGAAGGAGACCUCCCUGCCACCUACGAGAAACGUACAUUGGGAGGUGAUAUAA